CACACACACAACAUCCACCUCACCCCACCCUCUCAACCUGAAAAACAAUCUUUUUUUUCUCUGCUCACGACAGUUGAAAUAAUGGGCAAUUAAAACGACAACAGAAAUCAAAGACAAACCUAUGAUGGAAAUGACGCAAAGACUGCGACUUUGGCUUCCCGUCCCUCUCUGCCUCUUCAUCUCCUCCUCGCCACAUCCCUCAGCUCGCCGCGCCUCUCCCUGAUGCCUCGCUCUUGUCGAAUGGGAGACAGCGUCACACAGCAGGCAGGAUGACGAACCAGACGACAGCCAACCAGUCCAACACAGUCAAGAAGGAGAAAGAAGAAAGCCAGCGAGAUGACAACACAGAGGUUGCGUAUAAAGAUGCAGGCCACUGCAGCCGCAACACCCACAACCUGCUGCUGGCGCUCACUGUCAUGGGUGUCAUUAUGGGGGCAGUGUUUGGGAUGCUGCUGCGGUACAUGAAGGUGACGGACAACUCCACGCUCACGAUGGUUUCCUUCCCGGGAGAAAUCCUCAUGAGGAUGCUGAAAAUGCUCAUCCUGCCUCUAAUCAUCUCCAGUCUCAUCACAGGGCUGGCUGGUUUAGACGCCCGCUCCAGUGGCAGGAUGGGCAGCAGAGCCAUGGUGUACUACAUGUCCACCACUGUAAUCGCUGCCAUCCUCGGGGUCAUCCUGGUGCUGGGGAUCCACCCGGGGAACCCCAAACUGAGGGGAGGCUCGACAACCUCGGCCCCGAAGAACCCGAACGUCAACAGCCUGGACGCCUUCCUUGACCUACUCCGAAACCUCUUCCCUGAGAACUUGGUGCAGGCCUGCAUCCAACAGGUUCAGACGGUGCUAAAAAAGGUGACGGUCCCAGCAUCAAACCAGACUGAGCCCAUUUUAGUGGGCAGAAAGCAACUGGAGUAUAAAUGGGGCAUGAAUGUCCUCGGUUUGAUUGGCUUCUUCAUCACCUUUGGGAUCUGCAUGGGCAAGAUGGGCGAGCGCGGGAAGGUCAUGUGCGACUUCUUCAACAUCCUCAAUGAAAUUAUCAUGACGAUGGUUUCCAUGAUCAUGUGGUACUCUCCCUUUGGCAUUGCCUCUCUGAUCGCAGGGAAGAUUGCAGCCAUCGGAGACCUGGAAGUGGUGGCCAGGCAGCUGGGCAUGUACAUGGUGACCGUUAUCGUGGGCCUGGUGAUCCACGGCGGAUUAAUCCUACCUGCUAUAUACUUUGCUAUCACCAGAAAAAGCCCCUUUAUUUUCUACUCUGGAGUCUUCCAAGCUUGGAUCACUGCGCUGGGCACUGCUAGCAGUGCUGGGACGUUACCAGUCACCUUCCGCUGCCUGGAGGAGAAUCUGAAAAUUGAUAAACGUGUGACUCGCUUCGUGCUGCCCAUAGGUGCAACCAUUAACAUGGACGGCACCGCACUGUAUGAGGCUGUGGCAGCCAUCUUUAUCGCCCAGAUGAAUGACAUCAGCCUGGACGGCGGACAGAUUAUUACAGUCAGUAUGACCGCCACCCUGGCCAGUGUUGGAGCUGCCAGUAUUCCGAGUGCUGGACUGGUGACCAUGUUGCUGAUCCUGACGGCGGUCGGCUUGCCCACCCAGGACAUCAGUCUGCUCAUCGCUGUGGACUGGCUGCUUGACAGAAUGCGUACCUCCAUCAAUGUGGUGGGCGAUUCGUUUGGUGCCGGCAUCGUGGACCACUUGUCCAAGGCGGAGCUCGCCGAAAUUGACGCAGCCGAAUUGCAAAUGCAAAUGCAACUGCUCCCUCCAGAGGAGGAGCUAGAUUUCAUCCCUCCGCCACCGAUCUUCACCGAGAUGGACCUGAUCGACCCUCUUAGACCGCCUGAGCUGCCACCUCGCUCCCCUCGCCCACCCAAACAAAACCACCACGGCCUCUCCCAGUCCCACUCAAUCACUUACUCGCCGUCCCGUUCUAUCCGAUCUCCAUCACCCCGCUCCAUCCGUUCUCCCUCUCCGCGCUCCGCUUGUUCCCAUUCUCCCCGACCUUUCCGUACUCACUCACCACGCCUCCUCCGCAGGACGGAGGCGGGCUAUUGCGCUCUGCCCAGCCAUGAUAACCAGAUUCCCACAAUGCCUCGCUGCUACAGAGAGCGAGAACGGGAGCGGGACCGACUGAGGCGAGAGAGUGAAACUGAGGAGGAGGACGAGAGAGAGAGGGUUUUGGGUGAAGUAAGCGACGGUGAGGAGAGUGAUGACACUGCCUAUGAUCGGAGGAACGUCAUCCCACUGGGCGACCUGCCAUGAUUGGAUUUUUACCACAGAGAAGCUUCCCCAGCGAUUUGUUUUUGUUGUACGACAGCUUUCCCCGCUUUAUUGCAUGGCUCAGCUUUUUCGCACGAGCCCAGCGGAGGGCACAUGUGGAUUUCUAGCUGGUUACAUUGUUACUUCUUUUUUUUGUUUUGUGUUCCGAGAUCGACAGGAUUGAUCAAUAAUUUUCAAUGACAACACGCUGUAACAUUCCUGAGAAGAGCCCAAUAAACCAACCUGUUCAUUUUAGCUUUCUUGUUAGCUGAAACCCAUCAAAUGGUGCUGUAUAUAAACUUUUUCAAUCGCUCUAGAGGUUCAAUUCAUCCUUUAGGCAGAGCUACUGCUUCAUCCUCUCAUGUUGGACUGAGGGCAGACUGGCAGACUCACUAUCUCAGGUGGUAUUACGAGAGGGGACGGACUGGGGCUGGCUAGUUAGCUUGCUAACUGAAGGAGGAAAGAAGGGAUAUAAAUAGAAGCAAAACAAGAGUUUAUCAAUGGCCUUGUUUCCCACUGCUGAGGAAAGUUUUAGUGUGUUGCUUUUGCAAUGUUUCUUCUAAAAAUAUAAAUAAAUAGAUUUAAUGCUAACAUUGGUGAGCGAUAGCAAACAUUUACAAACAGCACCUUUGUAAUGGAGUUGUUUCCCCAGAUUACUCAUUUCAUUCCCUUUAUAAUUUCAUUAUGAUGUAGAUUUCUCACUUAAUAACCCCCAAAAAGUUCCUGUAUGACUAAACCCGAUACCGGGGAAUUGUGGGUGUGCUCUUGAUGAGAAAAGUAUGUUGGUGUUUUUACCAGCCUUUUAAAGCACAACCACAAGUUAUGAGUUCCUCCUCUGCUCGGCUCCCUCUCUUCUACUUUUAGUUCCUUUGCAGAAAGUGAAAUUGUUAAACUUACAACUGAAUAGUUUGACAUUUUUGGACAUAAGUUUAUUUGUUUGGUUGAAGAGAGUUGGGUGAGAAAACUGAUAUUAUUCUGAACUCUUUAUGGUGAAUAUGAACCCAGCAAAUAGUUAGCUUAGUUUACCACAAAGUUUAGGGGGCAGCUAGCCAGAUUUUUGUUUAGUUUUAUCCUUAAGAAUAUCUGUUAAUCUUAAAAUAUUCAGUUUUAGUCAAAUGUAUUUGGUUAAUUUCAGUCCAGACAACCUAAGGAUGUUCAAUCUACUUUUAUCACUGACACUUAUGUUUCAAGUUUGUCAAGCAUUUAAAAAUGUUGUGUUGUUUUGAGUGUAUCAUUGUCGCCGAUCGUUGGUUUUGUCAUUCAUGAGGUUAGUGUAAAAGACAAUGUUUACUUGUUUAUCUACCCCUGUACAUGUGACAACAAUGAUAAAUCUCCUCAGUAAAUCCAGUUACCAUUUCCAUUUGUCUGGGUUUAAGAAACCUUAAUGUCCAAUAACAUUAUUAUAGUGUAUACAUUACAUACAUUUUCCUAGAGACCAUCUGUUGACGAUGAUUUAGAUGGAUUUUAUUAAAAAUAACCAACAGCACUUGAUAGUGUAAUUGUUUAGUUUGUGAUACAUUUCUCAAAGGAAAUUUUAGUUUAGUUUUAGUCUAAUCCAUGUUGUGAAAAAUGGGUCAUCAAUUCAUAUUUUUUAGCAUUGUUUUCAUAAACACCAUGCUCGUAUGAAGCUUUGUUGGUAGCAGUAACUUCCUGAAGAAAGAUAGACGACAUGAAAGCUCUGAAAAAUAAAACCAAAACAUCUUUAUCCCCCGCUGGUUGCUGUAUAGGUCAUUAUCCCUCCCCCUUCCAUUUAAGCAGAUGGGACACGGGCCAAAUAAAACACCUGCCAAAUAGAUAUUUCCAAAAGACGGUUUCUGUCAAUUUAGGUAGUUCAGUGAUGGAUGUUCAUGUUGAUGUUACUGAUAUGACGUAGUGAUUGGCAGAGAUUCAAUGAGGAUUAGUUGAGAGCGAUUGUCUGACCCGGUGAAUACUCUGCAGACUCUGGCUCUAAAUGAUAUCACCAGUGGAAGUGCACGUAUCCAGGAUAUUUUGGCAAGAAGUAGCCGAGGACAUAAAUGUGUGAAAAACCACCACGCAUCAUUUCAUGUUAGUGAAUUUAGAGGUGCUGGUAGGUUGAUUUUGUCACCCUCAGACAUAGCCAGGCUAGCUGUUUCCCCCCUUUUCUAAUCUUAAUGCUAUGCUAAGCUAACCAGCUGCUCGUUGUAGCUUCAUAUUAGCGUGCGGUAUCCGAGGAAUCACUCUAACACGAGGCAAGGAAGGCAACAAGUGCAUUUCCCAAAAUGUCAAACUAUUGCUUCAAAUGACCUCAGCAACACAACAGGUUCAUGUAAAUGAUCGAAACACAUGACCAGCAGACGUUAUUUUUAUAUUCCUUUACCUUCUGCAUCUCUACAUUUUUAUCCUUGGUGCUCUUCUUGCACAUCGCCUCAUUUUCCUCGCCGACACCGGUCAAUGUUGAUGUUAAUAUUGUGUAUAUUAUCGAUGGUUUGUAUUUUUUUUGUUGUAGUUUGGUGUCUGAAAUGAUGAGUAAUAGGCAAGAUGCUUUAUUGAUUUUGUUGUAUGUUUAAAUUUACUUGUUCUUUUCUCAUUUAUUAUUUUUAAGUUGUUAAAUGCUGUAAAAUAACGUCAUCCGUCUCCUCUGUCCCACUGAACUGCCUUUCAUUUUAAACUAGAGUUCAUUAAUAACCUCCCUACAUCCUCAAGUUUUAACUCAGACUCACAGGUCCAGGUUGUGUGUAUAUUGUAUGUAAUAAAACUUCUGAGAUUUAUUUAAAAUA